AUGUCAACUCAAAAUCGAGUGACAGUUUGUGAAAUUGUGGCUAGCAUUUGGAAUGUCGCCGUUCCGGAAUCUCAGCAUAAGCCCCUAAUUCAGGAAUUUUCUGGAAUUUUAAAAAUUGGCAGAGUUUCUCUUCCACUUGGUGUAACUGCGUCACAUGAUCGAUCGAGGUUUAUUGAAACACGCACAUCUACACGGUUACUUGAGAAAAUAGCUCGCUCUGUCGAGUAUAACGAGCCAGUUCUCUUAGUAGGAGAGACAGGGACUGGGAAAACUACUCUAGUUCAAAAUCUUGCACACUGGAUCGGACAGAAACUUACUGUUUUGAAUUUGAGCCAGGAAAGUGAUAUAGUUGAUCUAUUGGGAGGAUUUAAGCCUAUUGAUGCAAAGCUUAUGUGCACGAUGCUGUACAAUGAAUUUAAUGAAUUGGCAAGAGAUUCGAAGAUGAAGGAUGAUUCAGAUGUAAUGAAAUGGCUGCAAAAAUACUUUAGAGCCAAGAAGUGGGAUACAUUUUUGAGUGGGUUAAAGAGAACUACUGAACAUCAGAUUAAAGGUAAAAGUGAUAGAAAGAAGUAA